AUGCUAUUCGAAGGCCAAAUAAGCGUCCUCGAUGGCGAUAUCACCAAGCCCGGCAUGGGAAUAGAUAGCGAGACGUUACAGCACCUCCAGCAAGAACUCACCAUUAUCAUUCACGCUGCCUCAUCCAUAAAUUUGGUCCAAUCACUUGCCAAGCUCUCUGAUUCCAUCAUUCGCGCUAGCGAGGACAUGGCUUACCUUGGGCUGGCGUGCAGUAAGCUCAAGCGGUUUGUGUACGUAUCAAGCGCCUACUCCAACGCCUUCCUACACCAGGAGACAACGAAUACAGAUGUUUAUGUCGACGAGACCAUACACUCCCUUGGACGUGGUUGGGUGACUGACGUCCGGGACGAGUGGACGCAAGUUCAGAGCCAUGGCUACUCGAUGGAAUACCUUUCGCAUGACUUUCCUUGGGCUUAUGCCUACGCCAAGCAUCUUACGGAGCGGCUUCUCAUUCGCAUGUUCGCCGAUGCCAGCCGAAAUGAUCAGCUGCUCAUUAUGCGGCCCUCUAUCGUCGCCCCAGCCCAGAACUUCCCCUAUUCGGGAUACAGUAUGCCCGAAUCCACACCAUCGACCCUUCUAUCUGCCACCCUGCUCCUGACACCAUCGUGGCUCUUCCGCAUGUCUAGUCGGCUGCCAAAUCCGGACACCCAGGCUACUGUAGACGAAGUGCCGGUGGAUGUUGUCGUUGACAGGCUGCUCGUUCAUCUUGCACGGGGGGUCUACUGGCCCUGUUCACGCUGUCAGCGGUGCUGCCAAACGUUAUGCCUUCCGCACCUACUGGGAGGUGGCGAUGAAGUUGCGCUGUAUUCCGUGGACACCGCGCCCUAUGUGGAUGCCGGUGGACUGGCACUCCGACACCCUCCAUGA